AUCAUCCCAUAAUUAGCACAACAUCUUAGUUCCCACGUUUUCUCUUUGUUCAUUAUCUUUCUUUUUUUCUUUUUUUUUUCUUUUUUUCUUAAUUUUUUUUUUCCACUUUCUUCCCUUACUCCGUUGUUGUCAUGGAAUCCAUGUCUUCUCUUCUCCAUCUGAAACGGAUAGAGAAAUAGGAGAAACACGGUUUGCAUGAUUUUGACUCUCACGUUAUUAAGAUCUUGAUACACACCAAGUAGGAGCACAGAAGAAGAAAGAAGCAACCAAAAUGUUGCAGAGAGCAGCAAGCAAUGCUUAUUCAUGGUGGUGGGUUAGCCAUAUCAGAACAAAGCAAUCAAAAUGGAUGGAGCAAAACCUUCAAGAUAUGGAGGAAAAAGUGCAAAGUGUUAUGAAGCUCUUGGCGGAAGAGGGUGACUCUUUUGCCAAGAGAGCAGAAAUGUAUUACAAAAGGAGACCGGAACUGAUUAGCUUUGUGGAGGAAUCGUUCAAGGCUUACCGGGCUUUAGCCGAACGAUAUGAUCACAUAUCAACAGAGUUGCAAAACGCCAACAACACCAUAGCUUCUGUCUUUCCAGAUCGGGUCCCAUUUAUGGAUGAAGAUGACGAUGAUCAAAGGCCUCCAAAAAAAAACCCAGAAAAGUUGAAAAAUAUACCAAAGCCUCCCCAUAAAGAUUUGAAAACGGUCAUAACAACAGCAGCAGCAGCCUCAAAGAAAUUGCAAUCCAAGAAAUCAGCAGCCACUGCAGCUGCUGCUACUCCAAAAGUUCCUAAAUCUGGUUUGAGCAGAAAAGAGGCCCGUGGAGAGAUUGACAAGCUGCAGAAAGAGAUUCUGGCCCUACAAACUGUGAAAGAAUUUGCCAAGAACUCUUAUGAGAAUUCCCGUAGUAGAUACCGGGACACUGAUGAGCAAAUAAAGGAAUUGCAAGAGAGAGUUUCCUCUCUGCAAGAAGAACUUGGAGAAGGUGUUGACAUUGAAGAUGAUGAAGCUCGGCGUUUGAUAGCAGGAGCUGCUCUUCAAUCAUGCCAAGAGGCAUUGACGAAGUUAGAAAAGAAACAGGAAAGAUCACUUGAUGAAACUAAAAUCGAAUCCAAAAGGGUAAAGGAUGUCAAGGCCAAGGUGGGCUCUCUCAUGGACGAAUUCCAUUAUGAACGGAACAAUUCUAAAGAACCAGGGAUCCAAAGUGAUUUAAAAAUAAUAGCAGAAACAGAAUUGGAUGAAAAUGCCGAUGAUUUGAGUCGGAAGAAGAAGGAGUUGCAAUUAUUAAAGGAGAACCUUAAAGAGAACUUCGAAACUAGCUCCAAUUCAUCAUUCAGUGUAGCAGAGAUGGCAGAGAAGAUUGAUGAGCUAGUGAACAAAGUGAUCAGUUUGGAAACUGCAGUAUCAUCCCAGAGCGCUAUGGUGAAGAGAUUGAGAACAGAAACUGAUGAACUUCAGGAGCAGAUUCGAAUUCUGGAAAAGGAUAAGGAGAAUCUUAUCAACGACAGAAAUACAUUGAAUGACCAACUGAGGAAGAUGGAAAAAAAGAUGCAUGGAGUAGAGGAUCUAAACCAAAUAGUUGAGGAUCAGAAUAGCAAUCUCCAAACCCAACUCACGGAAGCACAUUCUAAUCUUGAUCAUCUCUCAGAGAAAGUCCAAAACGUGCAGCCAGGUGAGGAGUCUAACACCACACAUUUAUCAGAUGAACAAAAGGAUUCAUCAACCCAAGAGGAAAUAAAAUGCGAAUCUACAGCUGGUUUGGUAGAGGAUGAUGAUGCAACAGAUAAGGGGCUUAAGGUUGCUGGUACUGUCGAAGAUGAUCUAACAUCAGACAACAAGCCUGAGGUCACUGGCUCACCAUUUGCUAAUGGCACCGGUUCGUUGGAAAAUGAUGUUAAGUCGGUAAAUGAGGUUGAGGUCACCAGUUCCUUAAAAAUGGAAGAAACAACCCCUGUGGAAAACAAAUUUACAGAAGAUUUAAAAGAAGAAGAGAAGAAUGUAAAUCCUGGCAAAGGUGAUGAAAAGGCAACAACUGAUGUGAGCACUACCACAGAAAAUCAAGAAGUCGGACAGCAACUAGCAAGCAACAAGCUAGAUAGUUGUUCAGAGAGUUCAGAGAAACAGCAAGAAAAUGAUGCUAAACAAAGUUCGUGUGAGAUAGAGAAUCCUCUCAAAGUUGAUUCCAAGGAGCAGGCAACAGCACAAGAUGAACCUGAUUGGCAGAAAUUGUUAACAGAUUGUUUACAAAUGGAAGAAACAACCCCUGUGGAAAACAACUUUCCAGAAGAGUUAAAAGAACAAGAGAAGAAUGUAAAUCCUGGCAAACGUGAUGAAAAGGCAACAACUGAUGUGAGCACUACCACAGAAAGCCAGGAAGUCGAACAGCAACUAGAAAGCAACAAGCUAGAUAGUUGUUCAGAGAGUUCAGAGAAACAGCAAGAAAAUGAUGCUAAACAAAGUCCAUGUGAGAUAGAGAAAUCUCUCAAAGUUGAUUCUAAUGAGCAGGCAACAGCACAAGAUGAACCUGAUUGGCGGAAAUUGUUUACAAAUGGAAUGCAUGAUAGAGAACAAGUUCUGUUGGCUGAAUAUACUAAUACUCUUCGAAACUAUAAAGAUGUCAAGAAGAGGCUGGCUGAAAUAGAGACGAAAAAUCAAGAUAGCAACUUUAAUUCGUCUGUGCAGCUAAAAGAACUGAAGACAGCCAAUGCCACGAAAGAUGAACAGAUAAAAAUUCUGCGUCAGAAACUAGUUCUCUUGCAGAGAAGCUUUGAAGGAAAUGAAUAUUGUGCAGAGGUAACUGUAGUGAUGCCAUCAGAAAAGAACGGCAUCGAGGAACUUCUGAAAAUUGAACCUGAAUCUACUUCACCUAUUGAAGACAAAUUCCGGUCAAACGUGGAUGAAAUUCUAGAGGAGAAUUUAACGUUCUGGUUAAAAUUCAGUGCUUAUUACUCUGAGAUACAGAAGUUUCAAACCACUGUGAAAGAUUUGCAGACCGAGCUAUCAAAACUACAGGAGAGAGGAAAGACGUCAGAGGGUAGUAGUAGCAUAAAGUAUUCUAUAAGAUCAGAUGCAAAACCAAUUUACAAACACCUAACAGAGAUCCAGGGUGAAAUAACAGUCUGGAUGGAAAAAGGUGCUGUGUUAAAAGAAGAACUGCAUAGUCGAUUCACAUCUUUGUGUGACAUCCAAGAGGAGAUAACAGCAGCAUUGAAAUCCAGUGCUGAAGAUGAUGACUUCAGGUUCACAAGCUACCAAGCUGCCAAGUUCCAAGGUGAAAUUUUGAACAUGAAACAGGAAAACAACAAGGUUGCUGAUGAACUUCAAGCGGGUUUAGAUGUUGUAUCAGCUCUCCAACUUGACAUAGAAAAGGCUCUGGUGAACUUGAAUGAUGAACACGGGUUCUCGGUUUCAAAAAGACAACAAAAUGGCCAGCUAAGACAAUCAGAGACUCGGGCCAAGGUUCCUCUGAGGUCUUUUAUCUUUGGCUCCAAACCAAAGAAACAAUCAAUCUUCUCCUGUAUGGCCCCUGGAACGAAUCGGAAAUACCGGUAGGAGCAGGAUCGUAUGUACAAAGUUUUCUUUUUUUCCAUGUAUUACUUUAGUUUUUUCAUCUUUGUGAAAAUUCUUUUAUCGGUUAAAUUAGGCUGCAGUUUAUUGACAGAUAUGCCUUUUUACUAAAAGGGAAUAUUCAAUUUUAACUUUUUGGCGGUUCAUAAAUGAUAAGUUGGUGAGAAGU